AUGUGUGACCGAUUCUCGGACUUCAAGGACCAAGCGGCUUUGAUGGACGUGAGGAAAAUUUCUGCUCGUGAGAAUAGGUAUCGGCGACUGAAAAAGAAGCUGUGGGAAACCGGGUAUGGUUCAGCCUGUCGAUACUGCCCACCAUGGUGGACGAAUCUGUUCAGCCCCCCCCCUCUCGAUAACUUGAACAUCAUCGAGCAGGCCCCGCAACCAAAGGCUCAUGGCCAAAUCGUGACACCCUUCGAUGUCUCAGGUGGUGUCGACGAGACCGGCAAACUACUGCCAGUCGACUAUGACAAGCUCGUGCGGGAGUUCGGUGCGACUCCAUUGACCCCCGAUCUGCUCGAACGUUUCGAAAAGGUUACUGGACACCGGCCGCAUCGCUUCAUGCGUCGUGGCAUUGUUUUCAGUCACCGUGAGCUGAACAAGAUUUUGGAUCGCCAUGAAAAGGGACAGCCAUUCUAUCUCUACACUGGCCGUGGGCCGAGCAGUGAUAGUAUGCAUGUGGGCCAUACCGUCCCCUUCGAUUUCACCAAAUGGUUGCAAGAUGUGUUCGAUGUUCCCUUGGUCAUUAUGAUGACAGAUGAUGAGAAGUUCAUGCACUCCCCCAAAAUCGAGAUCGAAGAUGCGAAACGCUUCACCAAGGCAAAUGCUCGGGAUAUCAUUGCAAUCGGGUUCGACAUGAAGAAGACUUUCAUCUUCAGUGAUUUCGACUUUGUCGGCGGCGCAUUUUACGAGAACAUCUGUCGCAUGGCCAAGCGAAUCACCAUCAACCAGAUCCGCGGUACCUUUGGCUUCAAUGACAGCAACAACAUUGGUGAAUUCCACUUCUGUGCCACCCAAUCUGCCACCGCAUUCGCUACCAGUUUCCCCCACAUCUUCGGCACCGAUAAGAAGAAGGUCGCAUCGAUUCCUUGUCUCAUCCCCUGCGCUAUCGAUCAGGACCCCUAUUUCCGCCAGUGCCGUGAGCAUGCCGAGCGCAUGAAGUUCAAGAAGCCCUCUCUCAUCCACGCGAUCUUUCUCCCUGCCCUCCAAGGUCCCGGCUCCAAGAUGUCUGCCAGUGUAGAUUCUUCCGCCAUUUUCAUGAGUGAUACCCCGAACAAGAUUAAGAAGAAGAUUAAUAGUUUUGCCUUCUCGGGUGGUCAGCAGACCUUAGAGCUGCAGCGCGAGCUGGGUGGCAACCCCAAGGUUGACGUCCCAUUCCAGUACCUCACCUUCUUCCUCGAAGAUGAUGCGGAGCUUGAACGCAUCCGUGUUGCUUACGAGAAGGGCGAGCUUCUGACCAGUGAGCUGAAGGCGAUCUGUAUUGCCGAGCUUCAGAAGUAUGUUCAAGGGUUCCAGGAGCGCCGAGCCGCUGUUACCGAUGAGAUCGUGGCAGAGUUCAUGCGCCCUCGUCCCCUCGAGUGGAAAGGCAACCCUAAUGUCAACACUGUAUGA